AUGACCAAAAGAAAACUUGACGAUGCAAACGGUAGUAUUCUCAACAUAAACAGACACGCUGUUACAUCCGCCGAAGACACAACAUCGACCAUGACGAACGUUGCAAAUGAAUCAAGUCUCCACUUGAAGACCCUGAAAACCAAUGUCCCCAGCGAGUAUGCCUCUUCUGCCCGAGUACGGCAGUGGCUCCUCCAGCAUCUCGAAAAUCGCAAGGUUGCCCUCGUAAAUGGACCUGAAGCUUUUGUUUGCUUGUGGAAUGGCGCCGAGCUGCAUUCGUUGCAUCCAAACCAUAUAUUUGGUUCUCUUAUCUCCCAAGGGGUUGCCCCGCAAACUGCUCACCAUGUGGUUGGAGACGUGAUGGAGUGUCUGCAGGACUACCGAGCGAGACGUGCUGCUAGCGCAGCUGCUGGACAGGUGUGGAACUCUGAGCCAGAGUCGGAACCGGAGGCACAGCAGGAAGAGGCACAAAAACGUCCCGAGUCUGGGGGCGAGCAGCGUGUCAUUGACGAGGAAGCAGACCGUGAGGCUCUUGUCAAACAAUUCGAGACCCCGCGCAGCUGGUAUUCCUCAUGGUUCACUGCCAGAGGAGGCGUGGUUGCUGCUGGCUUUUCACUUGCUGCUGGACUCGGCGUUAUGGCGUGGUGGAUGCUCAGCCCGCCUUCGAAAAAGGAAGAAAAAGAGUAA